AUGGGGGCCAGGUCUCGCCAAGGAUGUCUGCCCUGCCGAAGGCGCAAAAAGAAAUCCUGUGAUUGGCCUGCCCCGUCUUUCCAGCAGACGCAAACGCACAGCAGAUCAUCUUUUGAUCACCCGAAGUUGAGGACGCAAUCCUUCUGGGCCAAACAACCGAACGGUCUAGCCCACAUACCUCUGUCGUUACCUUCCCUCUUUAUAUGUCGACCAAAUUCAUUUGGACCGCACACCCAAAAGUUGAUUUAUCAUUAUGUAAAUGAUACAGCCAACAAAAUCGUGUGCUUACAAGAUAAUGACAAUCCCUUUCUCCAUACAAUAUUUCCUACUGCUUUCGGGGAUGACCUUUUGAUGCAUGCCAUUCUUGCCCUUUCGGGUGCCCACUUAAUGCAGCGACUGCCUCUCGCCUCUCGCGAGAUUCAGCGUUCAACUUGGUUCAAUUAUGCGCGGGCGCUUAAGGCUCUCAGGGUGGGACUGUCUGAUGGGUUCCAAUCAAUCAGCGGUGUAGCUCCUGCCUUGCAUGCCCUGUUGGUCGUCCUCAUAUUUUAUAUCACAGAGGCAUGCACUAAUAUUGAAGCCAUGGGAACUCACCUCAGGGGCGCAAAUCAUUUGAUGGACUAUAUCCUGCGCACAAACCCUGCCAGCAUUCAAUCGAGUUUAGGAUCUUACAUCAUGGAAGUAUAUGUAUACCAUGCUAGCCUUGCAUCCUUCACUGUUCGCGGGUCAGACCUAGCGAUUCUGCAAUCAAACCUGAAAGCAGAGAACCUUGCUUUCCAACAUGGUAAAGUGGGAAUGUUGAGUGGAUGCACUCAAUAUCUAUUUGGACUUAUGCCAAAGGUAUCCGUCUUGCUUCAAACUAUCACAGAAGCCAGAGGGCGCCCAGAUAGCCAGGGCCAUCAGUUCAUCCAAGAUUAUCGGGAUUUCAGAUCGUCAAUUGCAGACUGGGAACCCGUUUGUACCGAGUUGGGCGCUGUCCAUUGCGCAAGUCUUUACAAAUUGUCUAUCUCACUUCUUUUAGACGCGCAAUUUCAGCCAGAGACGAGAGAAAAGAAGGCUCGACAUGCCUUCGAUGAUCUAAAACUUCUCCUCUCACACUUACCACCAAGUGCGCCGUAUGCGACAACAGUUACAUGGCCUUUGUUCAUAUUCGGGAUGGUAGCACGACAAGAGGAGGAGGUGGAAAUGAUCAGGACAUAUUUGCAUUCUUUGAUCAGCGCCUUUGGAAUUGGCCUUAUGGGGACAACCCUUGCAUAUCUAGAAAGAGUCUGGAAGAAUGACAAUCAUCUCGACGGACUGCAUGGGCUUGUUUCGAAUCAAAACAACAUGCCUUUGAUCUGCUAA